AUAUAUCUAGUAAUUAAUUAUUUUGGUUUACUAGGAUUUCUUGUAAUAAUUGUAAUAAACUCUUUGCAAAUUGUUUCCAGGUACCUGCAUGAUGGUUGCUUUCCAUCCACCGUUCACAAGAACAUCAAAUCAUCCAAUAUUUUUCUUGACAUCGAACUCAAUCCCCGUCUUUGCAAUUAUGGCUUGGCAACAUUUCACCAGCGUACUAGCCAAAACCUCGGGAUGGGAUACAACGCUCCAGAAUGCACAAAGUCAACAGCGUUUACAGGAAAGACUGAUGUUUACAGGUUUGGAGUAGUCAUGUUGGAACUAUUGACAGGUAGAUUGCCUGUUGACAGUUCAAAACCACCGACGGAGCAGUGCCUUGUACGAUGGGCAACUCCCCAGCUUCAUGAUCUCGAUGCAUUGUCACAAAUGGUGGACCCUGCACUGCGUGGACUCAACCCUCCCAAGUCAAUCUCACGGUGUGCUGAUAUCGUUUGCCCUCUGUGUUCAAUUAAUUACUACGUAAUAGUUACCACACACCCAGAAACACAUUCGCAUAGAGAAAGGGAUCUAUAUAGUGACUUAGUUGCCUUAAACCCACUGGUUAGUACUGCAAUUUGGAUAUAGUACUGCAAUUUAUACCACAUUUACGGAUAACUACCACCCUAAACAUUUCUCUAAUAGUGGUGGGUCACAUCAAAAAGGUAGGUAGUAAAUGUGAUACAAAUAACAUUUUUCGAACUAAAUAUGAACAAUAAGUUCUCUUAAAAAAAAACUGCUUCUGCUUUUACUCUUAUUUUUUGAGCAUUGGGAAAUAACAAAAGAUUGUUCUUGACUAUUUUUUAUUCCUUUACAUCCAUCAGCGGGAGCCAGAAUUUUGGCCACCAUUGUCGGAGGAGGUGCUACAGUUGGUGCGGUUAGUGCAGAGCUCUACUGCGAACAUGAGUGAAGAUUUUGGUCUCGGGGCAUCUCGUCACUCCAGUGCCAUGAGCAGCAGGAGAGAAGAUCUGGCAUUGUCUAUGUUUUUAUUCAUCUCUUACUAAGUUGGCUUCAUUCCUCCGAAUUAUAGAUGCAAACAUGGUGCAUCUCUAAUCUGUCAUUGUAUGUUUUUUAUUCAUCUCUUACUAAGUUGGCUUCAUUCAUCUCUUACUAAGCG